UAAAUUCAAAAUAGGAUAAGGGAUGUAAAGGCCACCAUAUACUUCUUCGCCGCGGGUAUCCGUAGGUAGCCUUGCUAUGUAUGUUUGAUGUUCACGCUGGCGAGCUUCCCCACGGCUGCUCCGGCGACGUUAACGCCGUCGCCGGCGUCGAACUCAUGCUGCCGCCACCAGCCCCAAUUUCAAACCGUCAAAGUUAGUCCAAAACUCAACAAAUUACGGUCGUUUGCAUCUACCUCCGUUUCAAAAUCGGCAGGUUCAAUUUGCACCCCAGCACCUGAGGAAGAUUCUAUAACUGCAAAAUCAACUUUGAAGAAUCAGCUCAAGAACCCAUUAAUGCUAUCCGAAGAGAUCACGCAACUGUGCGAAUCCAAAAGCUCGUCGGAAGUUUUCCGUACAUUUCAAGAAAACCUCGAAAAAGCCUUCUACCACUCGUCGGAAAAAUCCGAGGCCUUAGGCGUACUCUUACAGGCCUGUGGUAAACAAAAGGACAUUCAAACGGGUCGUAAAGUCCAUGAAAUGGUUACUUCGUUGACCCAAUUAAAAGAUGACGUUAUACUCUGUACGCGGCUCAUCUCAAUGUACUCCAUGUGUGGGUAUCCUUCCGAUUCUCUCUCUGUUUUCCAUCAAUUACGAAGCAAAAAACUGUAUCAAUGGAAUGUUCUUAUGAGUGGGUACACAAAGAAUGAACUUUGGGUUGAUGCUAUUUGUUUGUUUAUUGAGCUGAUGACUUCAACCGAGGAAAGGCCAGACAAUUUUACUUUUCCUCUGGUUAUUAAGGCUUGUGGAGGGGUUCUUGAUGUGGGUUUGGGGGAAGCUAUUCAUGGGAUGGCAUCAAAGAUGGGUUUGGUUAGCGAUGUCUUUGUAAGCAAUGCGUUAAUUUCCAUGUAUGGGAAGUUUAGUCUUGUUGAGGAAGCUAUGAAAGUGUUUGAGCAUAUGCCUGAGAGGAAUUUGGUUUCAAGCAACUCAAUGAUUUCUGGGUUCUCAGCGAAUGGGUAUAUUGAACAAAGUUUUGAUCUUUUCAGAAAUAUAUUUACAGGGGAUGAAGUUCUUGUUCCAGACACGACUACCGUGGUUAUUAUGCUGCCAAUUUGUGCAGGAGCAGAAGAAGUGGAAUUCGGGAAGAUUAUUCAUGGUUUAGCUGUAAAGCUAGGAUUAGCUGACGAGUUAACAGUGAAUAAUUCUUUAGUGGAUAUGUAUUGCAAAGUUGGAUACUUUUCUGAUGCACAAAUUCUGUUUGAGAAAAAUGAGAGCAAAAAUGUGGUCUCUUGGAACUCCAUUAUCGGGGGUUAUUCAGGAGGAGGAGAUGAUAGAGGAACAUUUCAUCUUAUGAGAAGGAUGCAAAGUACCAAUGAGUAUGUGAAGGCGAAUGAGGUUACUCUAUUGAAUGUUUUGCCUGUGUGCCAAGAGGAGUCAGAGCAGUUGAUAGUGAAAGAACUGCAUGGCUACUCACUUAGAAAUGGUCUUGAAUACCAUGAGUUGUUAACAAAUGCUUUUAUUGCUGCCUAUGCAAAGUGUGAAUUUCUCAGAUAUGCUGAGCUUGUAUUCUAUGGAGUGGCAAAUAAGACAGUAAGCUCUUGGAAUGCACUGAUAAGUGGCUAUGCUCAGAAUGAGGAUCCAUCGAAGGCUUUGGCUUUGUCCUCUGAAAUGAUGGAUUCUGGCUUGCUUCCUGACUGGUUCACUAUUGGUAGCCUUCUGUUUGCUUGUUCCCACUUAAAACUGCUACAUUGUGGUACACUAAUUCACGGUUUUGUGCUUAGAAAUGGUCUAGAAACAGAUAUGUCUACACUAGUUUCCCUAGUUUCAUUCUACAUGACUUGUGGAAAAUAUGAGCUAGCACAACGUCUGUUUGACAGGAUAGAAGAUAAAAAUGUUGUAUCCUGGAACGUGAUGAUAGCUGGUUAUUUGCAGAAUGCACUACCAGAUAAAGCCUUUUGUCUGCUUCGCGAUAUGGUAUCUCAUAGAUUUCAACCUGAUGAAAUUUCUGUGACAAGUGUUUUAGGGGCUUGUUCAAAAUUGCCUGCUGUCAGGCUGGGGAAAGAAGUUCACUGCUUUGCACUGAAAUCCAACCUUAUAGAGGAUAGUUUUGUUCAUUGCUCAAUCAUAGACAUGUAUGCAAAAUCUGGAUUCAUAGAAAUGUCCAAGUAUGUUUUUGGCCAUAUUCCACUCAAAGAUAUAGCAUCAUGGACAGCUAUGAUUACUGGAUAUGCAGUUCAUGGACUUGGAAUGGAGGCCAUCGAGCUAUUUCAGGAAAUGCAGAAAUCGGGCUUCAGCCCUGCCAGCUUGACAUAUGUCUCUAUUUUAAUGGCAUGUAACCAUGCGGGGCUCAUUGAAGAAGGUCGACAAUAUGUUAAAGAGAUGCAGACAUUGCAUGGUCUAAAACCUGAAUUGGAGCAUUAUGCAUGUGUGAUUGACAUGCUGGCUCGUGCUGGACAGUUUGAUGAUGCCCUAAAUCUCAUGGCUGAGAUGCCUAUGCAGCCAGAUACUCAAAUUUGGUGUUCGUUGCUCAAUUCAUGUAUAGUUCACGCCCAGUCAAAUCUUGGGAAGAAAUGUGCCAACAAGUUACUGGAAUUAGAACCAAAAAGAGCAGAAAUUUAUGUUUUAGUAUCCAAUUUUUUUGCAAGAUAUGGGGACUGGGACUCUGUUAGACAAGUCAGGGACAAGAUGAAGGAAUUAGGCUUGCAAAAAGAAAUUGGUUGCAGUCAGAUUGAAAUAGGAGGAAAAAGCUAUAACUUUGCUGUUUGCAAUAUGUUUUCCAAGCCAUAAGAGCUCUAGUGAAGUUUGAUGUGACCAAACGGAAACAAAUGAAUUGGUUAGUACCUGAGAUGAUUUGGUGCUUCAGCAUUUAAAUGGAGAGGAUAAAGAACAAAAUCGAGGUAGCUACAACAAACUGUUUAGAAUCACUUAUGACUUGACUCACGUUCUUCCUGUUGAUGACUCGAAAUCUUUUCUCGGGGAAAGCAGUUCACAGGUUACCUCAAUGUGCUUUAAGUUAGUGACCACAAUGAUUGUUAAGGAGAUUAUCACAAGGAUUGGAAUAAGACGCACUCUCUCAC